AAAUCAAUCAUUUGCUCAGGAAGACAUAAGAUAUAGAAUGAGUUACCAUAAGAUGAGGUAAAAAAUGACCAUAUAUUUUAAGCCAUCGGACAUCAUGAUAUCAAACGGGCUGUUUUCUAGUUAUCAACAUCUUGUAAGCAUGGAAGGUUUACUGCGCUUGACAAUAUUACUCCGCGAUGAUGAUUGCAUUUGUUAGCAAUGCUAUAGGAUUUCACCAGAGCUGUGGCAUUAGCAAAUGGGACUGUUUGUCAAUUUGUGCUGGGUAAUCUCUCUGUCAUUGAUUGUUUUCAAGUUAACACUUGUUAGCUACUUCAUUUCAAUCUCGCAUGAGAAAGUGUGAUACUUUGCACAUUGGUAGAAAUACACAACAUUUUGUAACGAGAGGUCCUUAGUGCCAGUAUGCAGAGUUUUUCCAAUGCACAUGCGAUGAUGUUUUUUCUGAAAAAUGAGGCUGCAGACUUGUGACAGGGACUGGCACCAUGGAAUUUUGAUUUUAUAUGGGUGUUGUGUCUAAGCCGUUGUGUUUAGGUCUGUUGGCAUGUGUCAUUGUUUACUGAUUAGAAUCAGCCUUAGAAAUUCAUUGUUAAGAACUGCUAUAAUCAGAGGACUAAGCACAUCUUCAUCAGUAGAUCACAAGAUACAAUGUUUCUUCGAAAAUGGAGCUAAAGAUUCUCUUGAAAAACAAUGUAAAAUGUUACUAAGUGAUCCUACGCUGCAGAGAAUUCAAAGAUCUGCCCGUGUUACCAAAAAAUGUGCUGGUGCUCUUGUCCCUAUAUGUAUUGUUGAAGGAAGACCAUCGCUGCUUUUUACAGUCCGAUCGCAUCAUCUGCCAAACCACAGAGGUGAAAUAAGUUUUCCAGGAGGGAUGAAGAAUGACCAAGAUCUUUCAAUUGAAGCUGCUGCCUUAAGGGAAGCUGAGGAGGAGUUAGCUUUGGACAGAAAUUCCAUUAGAAUUCUUUCAUCACUAGGACCAUUUUUAAACCGGAAGGCUACAAUUAAUAUAACUGCAGUGUUUGGGUAUGUUGGUGACAUUGAUGUUUCUAAGCUGAAAUUUAGUGACAAUGAGGUUACUGAAGCUUUUACUGUUCCUAUAGCUGACUUGUUGUUGGAUGGUAAUAACAGAUACACAAUUUUUAGGAAUGGAUGGAAGCUUCCAGUAUUUUUGGCAAAACAGUAUCAUAUAUGGGGAAUUACUGCAAGCAUUACUGAUACCCUUCUCUCGAUGAUUACUCAUAUCGAUUAUGAACGUAAAUUCACCUUUCUUCGAAAUAAUAUACAAAACUCUUUUUGCAAAGUCAAAUCAAGCUGAUGUUAAGCAAAAAGCAACAGGUUAUGUUUUUAGGACAAGUAAAAAGUGUGAAUAAAUAAUUUCUAUUCUUAAAACUCUAUUUUUGGUUGAAAAUUAUAUUCUUAUAAAUUUAUGCAAAAUGACUGGGGUGGUGCUUAUAUAAUGAUUAGAUGGAAUGUUCUGCUCAACCGAAAGUGAUUUUGCAUGAAAAGCCUUGGAAUGGUCUAAGCCAAAUUAGAAUAACUUUUUUAAUCUGUUAAUAGCAGUGACAAUAAACACUUAGUUAAGAAUAGGUAUUCUAUGAUGUAUCAUAAGCAACAAAAUCAAGCUUUACUUUUUUCAGCUCUAUAUACUCAGUACAAAAUUUUCAACAC